AUGGAGGAACCCCUCCAACCAGAGAUCCCGGCUCCUCUCCAUGGGCACUCCUUUCUCCAGGCGUCCCACUUCCAGCUUGGUUUCGAUCGCCGUCCGGAAGGCAGCACGGUGGCCUCCUCCUACCGUCUCGACUACCCUCCUCGCUGGGGCACCUUCCUGCACCAGCCCAUCCUGCCCCCCAAGUGCACGAGUGUGUUGAACCAGGACAUGGGGGACCUCUGGGAGCCCAGAUCGGAGUAUCUCGACUCCUACCCAGCCCGGCCUCUGGCAGCGAGGCCCGAUGUCUGCCUACCGGUCUCCUGUCUCCAAAUGCACUCCGAUGCUCGGCGCCAUGUUUUGACCUCCACCACCCAGGCGAACUAUGCGUGCCCUUCCGAGGUGUUGCCCACACAGCCACAUCGAGUGGACAAGUGGGAUGACAGCAUCCCGGAGGGUGACAAAGAGAAGGUGCCGCUACCUCCCUCGCUCUACCAGCAGUCCUACUGUCCUCACCAAGAACGCCCAGCGGUCAGGGCCCCAGCCGAACAUUUGGAGUGCGUAUGGCCACCUGAUGGCAAGCCAGACACAGGUUCCUUCCCCUCCCGGGGGGUCAGGGAGGCCCGUUGUGGAAGUGACUCCACCCUGAUGGGCGAUGGCAAAGUCCGCUUUGACAGCCUUUACAAGUCCCAGUACACGGGGGAAUGGGCCUCUCCACCCAACCAUUGCCAUCAGGGUUUGAUCUCCGUGGUGUUUGGUGACCCCCGCUGCAGGGAUGCCGUGAGUGAACACCGGCAUGCUUAUUCUGCCCCCCAUCAUGCCCCCCAUCUGUGCCGCUAUGAUGCUAACCGAGCGGCCCAGCAAGUCUUCCAGACAAAUAUCCCAGCGGGUGAUGGACGCCAAUCUUUCUCUACCACCAUGAAAGAAGCAUUUCAGUGGAAAGAUGCUGGACCAGCCUACGCUUCAUACCCUGAUAAGAACAUGUCAUCUAUCCUUCGAGGGGAUGAAAGUGCCCAAAAGAACAAAGGAAACAUGAGCAUGAGCUCGUUCUACUUCAGAGAGCUAAGCAUCAAGGACCUGAAGUCGCAGAAGCCUAGCAGCCCGAAAAGCCGGUUAGCAGCACCCCUCGGAGACAGGCGCUUAGGAUCCUUCAGCACCACCCAGCAGUCGGACUACCGGCAGCCCCCCCAGACCCGCAGAGCACACGUCAACAGCGCUGACCUGAUGAAGAGCAACAUCGCCUUCAAUUUUCCUGAUACUGGCAUUUCCACCACUACCCAGGAUAUGCUCCUCCCUCACCAGUUGCAAAAGCACCCGAUCCCAGAGGACCUCCUCCAGAAGGGCCCCUGCCAGGAGUCCGGGGCAGGACCUGCCCAAAGCUCCGGGGCACCUGUGGUGAACAGUGACCACAGCAGCCCCGAGGAGUCAAGAGGGAUGGAGAUGGUGGCCUACGGGUUGGGCCAGCGGUCAUAG